AUGACAGUUCAACUCGAAGCUUUUGAGGUCCCUGGCGCCAGGACUUAUUUUGGCCACGCACUCCCCUAUGGAUUACAAGUCAAGUCAAGCGGGCCAACUGGUCUCGUACCUCCCGUCGUCGAGUCUGCGGCGGCACUUAGGGCAUUGGGCGACUCCGGAAAACUACAAGAUCUCUUGGAUAAGCACGGUGCCGUCUUGAUCCGUGGUGCAGGAAACGCUUCAGCCGAGACUUUUUCAAAACUCGUAGGCGCAGCUGAGAAGGGCAGAGGCUCUUAUCCUCAUGUUCAAAUUGGACUGGCCGGCAAAAGAACUCCACUCGCGGACAAUGUCUGGACGGCUAACGAGGGGUCGCCAAGCACCCGAUUCUACCAACACAAUGAGGUGAGGUCGCCCAUGUUUGGCCUCAGGUACACUCGCUUUCCUUCAAAUAUUCACUUCUACUGCGGCGCGACACCAAUCGCGAGCAGCGCCAACGUAUUCGAAAAGGUCCGAGCCGAGAUCCCUGAGCUUGUGGAAGAAAUUAGCAAGCGUGGCUUGGGGAUGAAGAUGGUCUUUCGUGCCCCUGGGAAUGAAGCCAAGGUCAAUCAAUUCAACUGGGCUGGCGAGCACAGCUUCGGGCAAGAACUUACUCCAGAAGACGACGAAGCGACGACAAAGCAAAAAGUUGAAAAGCAAGUCCGCAAGUUGACAUCAGAUUUCAAAUGGAACGAGGAUGGAAGUCUCGAGUUGACGCAGCAUAUUCCCGGCAUACGCAGGCUGCCAGCGAGCGGCAGGCCAGUCUGGUUCAACGGCCUGGUCGGGCGUCAUGGUAUUACACGAGACAUUGGUGCUCUCGAUCCUCCUCAUAUCGGCCGUGACGGAAUGACUUAUCUUCCUAGCGUCUACGGAGACGAUACUGAGAUCCCGCGUAGACUUCUUGACAAGCUUAUCGACGUCAUUGAUAAGGAAGAGAUUAGCUUGAUUCUUGAAGAGGGAGAUCUUUUGUUAGUUGACAACUUCCAAGUCUCACACGGAAGAGAACCGUGGGAGGGCGACAGGCAGAUAUUAGUAUCGAUGUGGGACACACCAAUCUCAAUCGGGGAGUACUGA